GAGCUCUUUUCAAACAGCAUAUGAUCGUCCAAGCUGGAAGUUGAGCUUCAAUUGAAGGAAAUUCUUGAAGGAUCCACUCCCCCCAGUUCCCAGUUCUCACCGCGAGGCAGCCUGACUUGAUCAUCAGCAGGCUACUAGGAGGUCCUAGGACUUUUAUUACUAAGUUAGUACUAGUACUAAUAGUAGUUGUCUGCCUGUCAUUAACGGUGGCCCAUCUUGUGGCUGACCCCUUGGAUCAAAUUACUACUAGAAACAGAUGAGGUUUGUGUCAAGUUUGAGACCUAGAAAGGAGAUGUCCACCGGCGCUACUAAGCAGAGGAGCAGGAGAAUAGCUGGAGCACUUUGGACGACGGAGGAAGACAAGAUCUUAUUGGCCCACGUGGCAAAGCAUGGGACACACAAUUGGUUACUUGUCAAAUCCAUGGGCCUGCUGCCCACACGAAACCACAAGGCGUGCUGUAACCGCUAUAUUCUGCUCAAGAGGAAGCUGUCCAAGUUGGGUCAUCGCACACCACACAUGGACAUGGCUGCAAAAGGGGAGAUUUCUGCUGUGCCCACCACGCCUGCUGUGCCCACCAUGCCCGCGGUGGCUGCUGUGCCACUGUUGACUGCUGUGCCAACGGUGGCUGCAGAUGGUGGCUUGACACGAGACACUGCGAAGGCUGCGAAAGCUGGGAUGGCUGCUGUGCCGACGGUGCCUGCGAAUGUGGCUGCUGUGCCAACGAUGCCCCGGGCGACUGGGACGGCUGCUGCGCCAACAAUACCUGCGAAUGCUGGAAUGGGGACGGCGAAGACAACGCAGCAGACUUUAGAUGAACGAGAUAAAUGUCUUUUUAGAGCCUCAUUCUGUCAUCAGCAGCACUCCUGCUGUCGUCAGCAGCAAUUCACAUCGUGUCAUCAGCACCACGCGUCGUCUCAGCAUCAGCACACGCGAAACCAUCAACAAUGGGACACGGAAGCAAUCAUGGCUGAGGGCAGCCCUCUGAUGCGGGGGAUGCAGAACUCAACCGCAGCUGCAAAAGCAGAGGGCUCGUGCACGAGAGCUUCAGGAGAGCCAUUUGCAUCUGCUACACUUGACCUUCAGAUUGAAUCAGCAACAACAGUGAUGAGCCAAGCCAAUAUGGAGGAUGAAGCAGCAGAAGCAGCCAGUGAUGAGAUGAUGGUUGGAAUUACAAGCCCAGCAGCAAUGUCCUCACACUCCCUAUGUGCACCCAAGUGUGUACACAUUCCGACAUCGCGAAUUAUCAGUUCAGCGCCAAAAGAAAGCCUUCAAACUCCACAGAUGCACCUGUCAGGAUCAGAGCAUUGCCUUCCAGUGUUCCCCUCUCAACCGCUUCUCCAGGCCACAUCCGAGUCAUCGGCCUCGAAACUAUUCGCUGCGCAUCUUCUUCCCCCUCCUCAUCGUACUGUUUCUCUUACUCUCCCUCCUAUUCGCCCCCCUACUCUCGAUCUUCCUCCUACUCGCCCUCCCACUCCUCCAACUACCCCCACUACUCUCCCACCUCCGCUCUCCCUUCCUCAUGGGAAAGUGGACAACGGAACCUCAUUUCUGGUCGCAGCACCUGCACAGGAAUUGAAGGGUGUUGAAACCACAUACUUGGUCGACUCGCCUAUACAGGACCUGGAGGAGAUUGAAUCCUUCUUCUCGGGUGCCCUACCUGAGCAGACGAAUUUGCAGAUGCCUCAGCAGGUGCAUCAGCAGGUGCAUCAGCAAGAGAAUUCUGCGGAGGGAAUCAAUGCCUACUGCAGUUUGCCAGUUGUUGCGAAUCAGAAGCCACUUGUCUACCAUGCAGCACAGGGUGCAGUCUCUGCUGACACCAGCCAUAGGCAUCAGCACGUACCUGCUGGGGAUGCUGCUGCUAAUGCGCCUCCUCCUCCCUCUGUUGAUAUGGCUCCUCCUCUCUAUGCUGAUGCGGCUCGUUUUCCUACUUCUCCUUUUGCGUAUGCUCCUUCCCCUACUGCUCCUUUCCCAUCUGCUCCUUGCCCCACGGCGCCUUCUGCCGCUUCUUCUCUUUCUGCCGGUGCAAUUCUACUCGCCUUUGCUGAUCUGCUCUCUGCUGCUGCCGUAUCUCCUGGUCUACCUGGCCCGCGCUGUGCUGCCAUGGCUCCGAGUGUCAGUUCUGAUUGGCCGGCAGCCAUCGACGCCGCCGCUUCAACCGCUGCCAUUGAUGGCGCGAUUGCAUCGCUCCUUAUUCAGGCGGAGCUGAUCAGAAUCAACAAUGCCCGGCUGCUGCUAGCUCCUAUACCUCCAACACCCGCAACAGCCAUUCAGCCAACAUCGCGGUCCAGAACACCCGUUCUUCGUAUUCCACCUUUAUCACUGCCACCUGCUGCUCCCCCCUCUGCUGCUGCGCCUCCUGCUGCUGCCGCUCAUCAACCUUCUCCUCCUCCUCCUCCUACACCCCCUCGCCCUGCUGCUGCUGCUGCUGCAGCUGCUACGCCUGCCACUAUCAGUUCACUGUUUCUCGGGCCAUCUAGCUCUGCUGCUGUUGCUGCUGCUGAUGGCCGUGCUCCUGAUGACCGUGCUGCUGUUGCUGCAGCAGAGGUGCGGCUGAAGCCGGAUGAGCUGUUUGAAGCGUGGUGCAAUGGGCCCUUCACCAGGGUUCUCCACAGCAUCUGACCAGAGCUUUGAAUCUCUGCCCAUUCACGUACAACUAGAUGGAGGUUUUUGAACGUGUUCCUCCACACCUUGGAAAAAGCUCAUGUGGUCCUGUUGUGCAGUUGAAUUGCCUGAUUACAUGGCCCGGCUCAGUUCAGCUCAGUCCGAGCCGACGCGAGCGUGCAUGGUGCACUUGGGCUGUAUCAAGGUUACCAUAAUUGUGCGGGAUGGCAUGUACCCUGCCCACUGUGACACUGUCCUUCAAAGUUAGAGUGCAAUAGUAGCUUGGUUCGAUUGCCUAUGGUACCAGCCUUUUUGCAAAAUGGCAAUGCAUGGAUGACUUGUACAUACCACCAGCAGU